AUGUUAAAACACAGCCUAUUUCUGUUCACUUUUGGACUGACUUUAACUGGAAAACUUUUUUGGAUAAAAGGUAUUUCUUCUGAACAGAGAUCUGGCCUUUCUACAUUAGAAAUAAUUGUUCCUCAAAGUCUCACAGGCAGAGAGAACCAUCACCCAUUUUUUCGUAAGAAGCAUUCAGAUGACAAACUUUCAUAUUCAAUUAAAACCAGAAAUGGAACAUACCUCCUGAAACUAAAGAAAAAUAAAAAGCUUGUUAGUGAAGACUUUAGAGUAUAUACCUAUGGGGAAAAUGGGAAACGGGAGACUACGCAAUCAAAAAUCAAGACACGCUGUUAUUAUCACGGCACUGUUGAAGGAGUUGCUGACUCGAUGCUUGCUCUUAGCACAUGUAAUGGCCUUAGAGGAGUUCUCUACAUUGGUGGCAAGUGGUAUGGAAUGGAGCCACUCAACACGUCCAGCACAUUUGAACACAUUUUUUACCAGUUAGAAGAUGUGCAGUAUAUCCCUUUCCGAUGUGGUGUGCUGAAUGACAGUCUUCAUCAUGAAAAGACAUUUGUGAAGCAUUCUGUGAAAUAUGCAUUUUUAUCAAACAGCACCUCUAGUGGGAAAAAGCUUUGGAGGAAGAAGCGCAAUGUCUUGCCACAGAAAAGCUAUGUGGAAUUAUUUAUGGUUGUGGAUAACAACAGGUUUUUGCUGAAGAAAUCUGACUCUGCUGCAGUGCAAAAGGAGGUAGUUGAGCUGAUAAAUUAUGUUGAUGGGAUGUACAGAGCUUUAAACAUCCAGAUUGUUUUGGUUGGAUUAGAGAUCUGGUCAGAUACAAAUCAAAUAUCUGUAAUGGAUGGUUCAGCUGGAGACGUACUGAGUAGAUUUGUUUCUUGGAGACAAAAAGAUCUUCUUAAACGAUCGAGAAAUGACGUUAGCCAUCUCAUGAUAGGGAGAAACUCUUACAAUGGAGCCAUCGGAAUGGCUUUUGUAGGUGGCAUCUGUUCACAAGUCCAGGGAGGGUCAAUCAGCACUUUUAAUGAUAACAAUGUGUUACGUCAUGCUACAGUAGUUGCACAUGAAUUGGGCCAUAAUCUUGGAAUGAAACAUGAUGAUAAAAGAUGUCCUGCCUCCUUCAUUAUGUACAGCACAGAUAAUGGAUCCAGGAAUUUCAGCACCUGUAGUGCAGAUGAUUUUGAGAAUCUUAUUCUAAAUGGAGGAGGAAACUGCCUCAGAAAUCCUCCCAAAACAAGUAAUGUUUACAAAGAACCUGUCUGUGGUAAUAAUGUGGUGGAUAGCAAUGAAGAAUGUGACUGUGGCAAACCUCAGGAAUGCACAAGUCCUUGCUGUGAUGCUGCAACCUGCAAACUCACUUCUGGAUCACAAUGUGCUCAAGGGCUGUGCUGUGAAAAUUGCAAGUUUAAAGUGGCAGGAGCAGAAUGUAGGUCAAAAAUGGAUUUCUGUGAUCUACCUGAAUACUGCAAUGGAAGCCAUGCCUACUGCCCAGAUGAUGUUUAUAUCAUGAAUGGUUACCCAUGUAACAACAUGAAAGAAUAUUGCUACUAUGGAGUAUGCCAAAGUUUUGAUUCACAAUGUGAAUCCAUAUAUGGAAAAGGAGCACGAAAAGCACCUGAUGUGUGCUUUGAAAAAGCCAAUAUUAAAGGAGAUAGGUUUGGAAACUGUGGAAUGAGAGGUGGAGCAUACAAGAAAUGUCCUGUUCAGCAUAGUCUAUGUGGCAAGCUCCAGUGUACCUCUGUUAGUCUUCAAAAUCUUCCUGUUUGGAGUGUUGUCAACAAUGCAUCUGGGGUUUUAUGCUGGUCUUCUGACUUUGACUUAGGAUCAGAUAUCCCUGAUCCUGCUCAAGUUCAUGAGGGAACAGCUUGUGGAGAAAGGAAGGCUUGUUUCAAUUUUGAAUGUGUUAAUGUGAGUUUUCUGGGCUACAGCUGUGAUAUAAAGCAGAAGUGUAAUGAUAAUGGGGUGUGCAACAACAAUGGGAACUGCCACUGCAAUUAUGGAUGGGCACCUCCUUUCUGCAACCAGUCAGGCUAUGGUGGCAGUAUCGACAGUGGUCCAGCUCAUAUAGAUACAUCACUUAGAGAUGGCCUGCUUGUGUUUUUCUUCCUUGUGUUGCCAAUAUUGAUUGUUACUGUGAUAGCAGUCAUUAAGCGGGAUGCAAUAAAAAGAAGGUUUUGCAGGAAAAGUAGAAGACAGCACAGGGAUAACAAUGUGCAGCAACCAAAACAAAAUAAUACAACAAGUCAGAAUACAAGAAAUAAUGAGCCUAUCACAUCAAGUCCUGAUUUUUUUACCAUAUCACAUUUUCCUAGUCCAAGGCAGCCAGUACAAACCCAGUUUCCUGCAGUUCCUUCAAGACCUCUGCGACCCACCAUCCCACCUAGACCAGCUGUCUGAAAGUUUUUG